GCGGCGCAGGCCCCGGCGCUGCGCGCGCCGCCGCUGCAGGAAGCGCUGGUGCUUCCGGUUGCCCGUCGGGGCCGCGCGGGGACGCGCAACGGGCCCCGCGUGCACGUUGAGGAUCAGGUCCGACAUGGCAGCCGGUACCGGCGGCACCGGAAGGAGACAGAACCGGAAGUGACGUAGUAUCCGUGCGCGGCGGCGGCAACGCGGCUGGAGCGUGGCGGUGAGUGGUGAGCGGCGGUUCAGCGCGGUGGUGACGUCUCGGGUGACGUCACGGGGGAUGCCGGAGCUGCCCGGUGAUGACGUCACUGCUGCGGGAAGAUGGGGGAGUGGCACCGUCUGAUUACGUCACGGCGAGGGAACCGUAUUCGCAGUGACGCCAUUGCCCCGUUACGUCAUGGCCUCUGCUGUGACGUCAUGGGCCUCCCUUAGCUCACAGCCGGGGAGGGGUAUGACGUCAUAGCCCUAGUGGUGAUGUCAGAGUCCCGGGAAACACCCCGGGAUGACAUCACAGCCACAUGGGUGACAAGUCAGUCCCAUGGGGGCCACAGGGGAAGCCCCAGGAUGACGUCACACCCCCAGGAUGACGUCACACCCCCCCCCCCAGGGCUCCACCAUGGCCGCCUCCCCCCAUGGACCCCUGCAGUGGGAGCAGCAGCGAGCGGCCGACAUCGUCCGGCUCCUGUCGCUCUACCGGCCCCUGCUCGAUGCCUGCGUCAUCGAUUUCUUCACCGAGGGGCUCUGGGCACAGCUCCCCCCUCCCUGGCAAACAGCGCUGGGCUCUGCCCCCCCCCCGCAGCUCGCCCGGCUCUUGGGGGGGCCAGACCCGGGGGGGCCGGGGCCGCUCUGGCCCCUGUCCCUAUUGGCCUUCGCCGCGGCCUCUCGGGCCCUCUCCUUCCCACGGGGCCGCCCCGGGGCCGCCCCGCGCCCCCCCUGCCACAGCCGCCGCCUGCACCCCCUGCUCCGUCGCCACGUCAAGCCCAAGAAGCAGCACGAGAUCCGGCGCCUGGGCAAGCUCCUGCAGCGGCUCAGCCAGGCCACCGGCUGCACACGUAUGGUGGACGUCGGAGCGGGGCAGGUACGAACUUGGGGGGGUCUCCAUUGUGUCCCCAUUGUCUGACUGUGCCCCCCCCCCCACAUCCCUUUCCCAGGGCCACCUCUCCCGGUUCCUGGCCUUCGGCCUCGGCCUCUCGGUGACGGCAGUGGAAGGUGACGGCCGCUUGGCCACAGCCGCCGAGCGCUUCGACCGGGAGCUGCUGCGGGAGCUGCACAAAACCGGGGGGGCCCCCCCCCAGCGGCGCCGCGGCCCCCCCCGGCCCUGCUCCCCACUCACCCCACGGGGCCCCCAGCACAUCCCGGGCCGCUUGGACCCGGUGCUGCCAUGGGGGGAGUUCCUGUUACCCCCUGACCCCCCUGCUCCUGCUGCUCGCAACCCCUUGGGGGGGCCGGGGGGGGCAGCGGAUGGGGCCCGGGUGCUGGUAACGGGGCUCCAUGCCUGCGGGGACCUGAGCCCCGCGCUGCUGAGGCACUUUGCCCGCAGCCCCUCGGUGGCUGCCGUGGCCUCCGUUGGCUGCUGCUACAUGAAGCUCUCGACCCCCCCCGGGUACCCGCUCAGCUCCUGGGUCUCGGCCUUACCAGGCCAUGAGCUCUCGUACCGGGCGCGGGAGAGCGCCUGCCAUGCGCUGGAGCAGUACCGGGGGCGCCUGGGGGGGGGCAGCCCCCGCCUGCGGGCUCAUUGCUACCGGGCUGUGCUCGAGACCCUCAUCCGGGGGGCCCGGCCCGGCCUCCGGCGUCCCGGGGUGCAGACAGUGAAGAAGGCACAUGCCCUCAGCUUCCCACAAUACGCCCGCCUGGGGCUGCCCCGCGUGGGGCUGGAUCCUGCCUCCAUCCCACUGGAUUCCGAUGCCGUGGGGACCAUGCUGGAGCAGCAGCACAAGGUCGUGGCCUUCUUCAGCCUCACGCUGCUGCUGGCACCACUGGUGGAGACCCUCAUCCUGCUGGACCGGCUGCUGUACCUGCGGGAGCGUGGCUUCCACUGUGCCCUCGUGCCCCUCUUCGACCCCCGGUUCUCCCCCCGGAACCUGGUGCUGGUGGCAGCGCGCUGUCCCCUGGGCACAGUGCUGGCAGGGCUGGAGGAUGAGGAUGGCAGCAACGAUGAAGCCGAGUCCCCCCCAGAGGAACAGAGCCCCCCAGCGCAAUAAACCCCCCAUGGGGCAGAGUGA